UCACUUUCUCUGAGGAGACUAACGGGAAAAUGACUCCAGCUGCAUCUACUGCUCUCACCUCUAUGGAUGGAAGAUGAAGAUACGACACAAUUCUGGACUUUACAUCACAAAACGAGGUUUAUCUUUCCAUCCGUGACACUUUUUUCUCACCCUUUUUGCUUCAAAGAUCUGGACUUCGUUUUUGUGUUUUAACGCUGUUUUGGGGGGAAAACUUGUGGAGUUAUUAGCCAAAGGGAAAGUCUAGUGGAAGCUCCCCCGACAACCUUCAACAUGGAAGAACAGUGCUACUUCAAUGAAACCAUUGCCUUCUUUUACAAUAAAAGUGGGAAGUACCUGGCCACUGAAUGGAAUACAGUCAGCAAACUUGUGAUGGGACUUGGAAUUACAGUAUGUAUCUUUAUCAUGCUAGCUAACCUGCUAGUGAUGGUGGCCAUCUACAUCAACCGCCGUUUCCAUUUCCCCAUCUAUUAUCUAAUGGCUAACCUAGCAGCAGCGGACUUUUUUGCUGGACUGGCUUACUUCUAUUUGAUGUUUAACACGGGGCCCAACACACGACGACUGACUGUCAGCACGUGGUUGCUACGUCAGGGCCUCAUUGACACUAGCCUAACAGCCUCCGUUGCUAAUCUGCUAGCCAUCGCCAUUGAGCGGCACAUCACAGUCUUCCGUAUGCAGCUUCACACCCGCAUGAGCAAUCGGCGUGUUGUAGUGGUCAUCAUGAUCAUCUGGACCAUGUCUAUCAUCAUGGGAGCAAUCCCCAGCGUGGGCUGGAACUGCAUUUGUGCCAUUGAAACUUGCUCCAGCAUGGCGCCACUCUACAGCAACUCAUACCUCGUCUUCUGGGCCAUCUUCAACCUGGUGACCUUUGUGGUUAUGGUGGUCCUGUAUGCUCACAUAUUCAUGUACGUCCGCCAGCGCACCAUGAGGAUGUCACGGCACAGCUCGGGCCAGCGGCGGAACAGGGACACCAUGAUGAGCUUGCUGAAGACUGUGGUGAUUGUGCUAGGCGCUUUCAUCGUGUGCUGGACACCUGGUUUAGUCCUCCUGUUACUGGACGUUUUCUGCAAUGAAUGUAACGUUUUGGCGUACGAGAAGUUCUUCCUCCUCCUAGCUGAGUUUAACUCAGCCAUGAACCCCAUCAUAUACUCGUACCGGGACAAAGAGAUGAGCGUGACGUUCAAGCAGAUCCUGUGCUGCCAGCGGCAGGAGAACGUAAACGGUACAGCAGAAGGUUCUGACCGCUCAGCUUCAUCCUUUAACCAUACGGUCCUCAGCUCACCCCACAAUAAUGACCACUCAGUGGUCUGAAACGGAAUGUAGGAGCAAAGCUGGAACUAUCAGGAUCAAACCCAGGACUGGAAAGAAGCCCUUCGCUCCUGGAGGCAUUUGCAUCAGCAAUGACUUAAUUGUUGGGGGUUAUGGAGGGAUUUGCUUGUUCAUUUUAUUUUUGUACAUGUUCAUUGUUGACACAGUAUUUAAGGACUAAUCUAUGUUACAAAGGUCCAGCCAGUAUAGAACACAUUUCCCUCAUUCCUUUCACAAUGCCAGGAGCAGGAGAGAAGGUCUAAUGAGUAUUUACAAACCUGAUCUUUUUUUUUGUCAUGAAUUUAGAUAUAGUCGUAGAAACCUGUCAGAAUAUUAAUUAUAUUUACCUUUUUGCUUAUGCUUUUGCACUAUAGACAUAAGCAGUGCACUCUUGGGACCACUGAUGAAUGGCCACCAGAUAUUCUACGAAGGAGAUGGGUGUAUAUCUUAUUGGAUUUGUGGCAUCCUCUACUUUGCACUGCGGUUUCUUCCUGUGCUGUUACACACAGAGCCGAAGCAUAAGCGCUAAGCACAUUUAGGACAAAGCCAACAGUGUAUUAAACAUUUCGAUAUUGGGACCAAGAAAAGUUACAGCAGGUCCCUGUCUCAAUAACUUGAAUCACUUACAGCUUAAGUGGCUUCAUGGAUCUUAGGUCUUUCGUCCAAACAGACCACGACAGAAUCCACAAGUCACCGUUUAGUCUCUGCUGUGAUCCUGAUAAUGGUGUUCAAAAUAACAAACUGAUCAUUUUUCAUGUUGGGACAUCUUCCACCUCAUAUCUAAAUAGGUUUUCGACAGUAUUUACAGUGUCGUCCCUGUAUGGACAUGGACCACUUACAUAUAUGAGCCAUUUUUUCAGGGAGUCCAAGAACUUUCACCACAUUAGAAAUCCACAAGUGCCCUGUAGAAGACCUUUAUUAUAUUUUUUGAAUAUUUUGGAUUUUGUGUGAUUCUUUUGAGGAACAUCCACGUUUCAUUGAUGAAUGAAUGACACUUUUGCUAACAGACGUAACACAGAACAUAUAUACUCAAAAAUCUUGUAAUAAUGUUUUGGAGUGUUGAUUGAAACAGAGGAGGUUACAGAGUAGGUCACGUGUGGGUUAUUGUGUAUGUUUAGCAUUCAGGGCCGACCGAAAAUGCUUUUUCUUCUCGAGUCAUGGCAACAAGCACCAUGCAGUGUAAUCAUGUUGGAAAAAACAAUGAAUUCUUUUCAUGACUAGACAACAGAAAUUAAAUUAUCAGUGUAGGAAGUGUAUGUAUGUAUGUAUGUAUGUAUAUAGUAUAUGUAUAUAUUCAAUGUUAGUUAAAAAGGGAAUGUUUAUUUUUAAGGAUAAAAAUUGGACCGUUUUUAUUUUUCUUUCUUUCAGUUGUAUUUUGCUUAAAGUUUUACUUAAAUUAAUUUGAAGUGUUUAACUUUAGGGCCAAACAUGUUAUUUCCUUUUGAUUGACCUAAAAUUGUAGACACAACCCUGCUCUGUGCUGGAUGGGAAUGUCCUUAUAAACCUCUGAAGUCGUGUUGUCAUUCUGUGUUCGGCAUCAUGCCCAUAUUAGGAACUCCAUGCUAGUUUUCUCUAUGAGAAAAUGAAAGCCAAAAAAAAAGAUUUUUUUUAAAUCCGAAAAUUGCUGCUGUCACACCCUGUGGUAAGCAAAAAUGUAACAAAGCUUUUUCAGUGGGCAGUUAACUGGUCCUGUACAGGUGGGAGCGGGACAACAUGUAUGUGUAAAGAAAUCCGGCAAAUUAGAGAAUAAUAAAUAAUAAAAUAAUAAUCAUUAUAUAUAAAUAAUAUCUAAAAACAAGUUGUAUUCUUAUAGGCUACAGAAAUGGAGGAGCCUUUAGACAGUCAAACAGCCACAACUGUGAAAAGUGCUUGUAAUAAAGACAAAUACACAACAAGAAAGCUGGAUAAAGACAAGUCUGACAUUUGGCAGUCAUUUUAAUUCAUGGCUAAUGCAUAUGAAAACCAGCUAUUUGGAUCUGCGGGUGGGAGUGGGACAAAACACUUAGGUUGCGGGUGGGAGCGGGACAAAUGAUGCAGAUUUUCAGCAUGAGUGGGAUGAAAUGUGUGAGUGGCGGUGGGAGGUCUCGCACAGACCUCUACUCACAACCUCAUAAAAAUACCUCACACAAACCAGCCAGCUUUGUAAAAAGAUGGUGGUAAAGUUGUGUUGACUGUAGAAGGCUAGAGUUGGAGUAGCUGGUGUUUGUAGUUAACAGGUUUGCAGUUUUACUUGUAGAGAAAAUCUGCUUAGAUCUGUAGUUCUUAAUAUGGUCUUGAUGGCAAGUACAGAAUGAUAUACUACUUCAGAGGUGUGUUGUGAAUGGUUUCAAACACAGUGUGUACUAUCAUUGGAUUCAGUGCAAUAUUACACUGCAUUGUCCUUUCGAGAAUGUAGCACUAUAAUACUCACAAUUCUGUUGCUAUCUUGUUUGCCUGAAAAACAGCCUAGAUAACCUAAACUGAGUUUUCUAAUAACUUAUUGGUCCACUGUUACCCUGCUGAAUAGAUUGCCUCCUAUAAGCAUGGAAAGACCUUGGAAGAGACAAUCUAGAACCACAGCUGUGUAUGAACUGUCAUGGACCACAUAGUUAACUCCCUUCAACAUUUAUAGUUUGACUACAUUGUUCAUAAUGUUUAUUUAAAAGAAAUUCUGAUCUCCUUCAAAAAGCAUUCAUUUUGUUUUUGUUCCCUUGCUGAAGCCCAUUAAAUUCUGUAUGGUAACAUUCAUUUAACAAUAUAAUUCAAUCAGCGAAUCUUCUUAAAAUAAACUUGUAUGGUAUCAAACACUCA